GGCUUCCGGAUAACAGAGGCCUUGGACGCGGGCUCUCGAGCAUCCUCGAACGAAAAAGUUCGCAACUUUGGCGCACAAACACGCUCUCUCGCCCCGGCUGAUGCGCUCUUGCUCGUGACAAUGGUCUCUUCACUCUCUUAUCCACUGCAAACAUGCAAGCUGAGAUCAGCAUUUUUGGGCGAAAGAAGCGGCAUAUGCAUUUCUUCUGCUCCUGUAACUCAUGUUGGAUUCACAAGGAGGAAUAUAGAAUGUAAGGAAUCUCGCAUAGGGAAGCAGCCAAUUGAGGUGCCAAAGAAUGUGACUAUCACAUUAGAGGGCCAGUCCUUGAGAGUGAAAGGUCCCCUCGGAGAGCUUUCACAGAGUUAUCCACGAGAAGUGAAAGUUGAGAAGCAAGAGUCUGGGUAUCUCAAGGUCAGCAAGGCAUUUGAAACUAGAAGGGCCAACCAAAUGCAUGGACUUUUUAGGACACUUACUGAUAACAUGGUUGUGGGAGUAUCUAAAGGGUUCGAGAAGAGACUUCAGUUGGUCGGAGUAGGAUAUAGGGCAACGUUGGAGGGCAGGGAUUUGGUGUUGAGUCUGGGGUUUUCCCAUCCAGUCAGGAUGGCCAUUCCCGAGGGCAUACAAGUGAAGGUAGAGGACAACACCAGGAUCGUUGUCAGCGGUUACGACAAGUCUGCCAUUGGUCAAUUCGCUGCUUCAGUCAGAAAGUGGAGACCUCCAGAACCUUACAAGGGGAAGGGUGUGAGAUAUGCAGAUGAAGUUGUCAGAUUAAAGGAAGGAAAGUCAGCGAAGAAGAAGUGAUGGCCCUAUCUCUCUUCUUGCUGUAGCAUUCUUCUCCAUAUCUUUUGUUUGCAACUUGUGCCGGUUGCAUUUGUUCACCUUGGAAGUAAUCCGUUAAGGUUCUGCUUGGUAAGUAUUUUUUCCAAAGACUA